UAUCUAUGGACAUAACCCUAAUCUUUUUGUAUCAAUUUGACGUAACAGAAAUCAAUAUUUAAACGAAGUGCAGUAAAAAGUACUAUUUAACUUGAAUAAUGUUUCUAAUUUUAUGACUUAAAGUUGUUGUUCCUAUAUGUUCUAAAAAUGAAAUGGCACGGUAGUUAUUUGCUACUUAUUUGUUUCUUAACCGACUGUUUGUGGGGUAGUUUUGCUCAGCUAUCAGACCCUUACAAGAUUUUGGGAGUAAAAAGCUCAGCAACUAGUCAAGAAAUUCGAAAAGUUUAUAAAAAACUUGUAAAAGAAUGGCACCCUGAUAAAAAUGAUAAUCCCGAAGCACAAAGUAGAUUUGUGGAAAUAAAGCAAGCAUAUGAAAUAUUAAUAGACCCUGAUAAACGUAGGAAGUAUGAUAACCAUGGAAUCACUGAUGACACACCAUAUCAAACCAAGUCUGAGCACCCAAGAUAUUUCACCCAUUUUGAUGAUUUCUUUGGCUACACCACUUUUAAUUUUCAAGAAAAUGACAUUACCUUUUUCCACAGGCUUUCAAUCACUAAUAAGCAGUAUGAGUUAAUUGUUCUCCCUAAAAGUUCUCAUUCUCCUUAUCUUAUUUUCUUCUACACGGAUUGGUGUUUUCCAUGUCUGCAAAGUGCUCCUUAUUUACGGAAGUUAAUGGAAAAUUUAGAGCCUUUAGGAAUUGAAUUUGCCACUGUUCACUCUGGACAUGAACCAAACCUAGCAAGGCGCCUUAAUGUUCACACAUUGCCAUGUCUUGUCUUAUUACUAGAUGGAAAUAUUUAUGUGUAUAAAAAUGGCAUAACAAAUAUUCCAAAGUUACUUGAAUUUUUGCGUAGCAAAAUGCCUUAUAGAUUGAUAACAACUGUUGAUGACAACAACAAUGAAGAUUUCUUGAAUGGUUGGGAAGAUAAUCGCGUGCGUGUAUUGGUAUUUGAGCCCAAGCAGACCAUAAAAUUGCGCUAUCUAAUUACAGCAUAUCAUUUUAGAGAUAGGGUAGCAUUUGGUUUUGUAACUUCUGAAGUGCUAAAGCAAAAAUACAGAAUUCCAUCUGAGAUGGACACAGUAUUACUAUUUAAUGAAAAUACAUCACGACCUGUUGCAACCAUAUCAAUGAAAGAAAUUCCAACUCAGUCACUACAUCACAUUAUUUCAUCCAAUCAAUACUUAGCACUGCCUAGAUUAUCCUCACAGAGUAUUUUAGACUCUUUAUGUCCUUGUGAAUGGAAUAAACCGAGAAAAAGACUUUGCGUGGUCCUAGUGACAGAAGAUUCUCAAUGCCACGAUCCUCACAGACAAUCUUUUAGAUUGUACGCACAAUCGGCCCCCUACAAUCCGGAAAGGGUUCGUUUUGCAUACAUUUACCAUAGCAAGCAAUCAGACUUUGUUAAUUCCCUUAUUCCAAGUGGUAAAGAAAUAGAGCCGUUGCUACGAAUAGUCAUUAUUUGGAGAAGAGACACGUCUCAAGUAAAAUACGAAUGGUUGCCAGACAAGUGGGAAAUUGAAAACGAUUUGAAUGAGACGGUUAAUAAACUUGAAACGACUAUUUCCAAAUUACUGAAGUCAUCUGAAGCUCUAACAUAUGAGGCUUUUGUUAAGGAUUUAUUCGAUGAACACGCAAAAGGAAUAUUCGGUCGGAUCUUCGCUAAACUUAUGAUGUUUAGUGAAUCAGUUUAUGAGGGUUUGAGCAAGGAUCAGGUUUUACCAGCUUUGUCGGUUGUAGGCACAGUGGUAUUUAUUGUAGCCGUUGGUUAUUUUAUGGCGUAUUUAGUACGAUUAGAAGAGGAAAGUAUCAAAAAACAAAGGGAAAAAGAGGGUCGCGAUCGCACGGAAAAUAAAAAUCCUACCUAUCAGCCCGAACUAAAAUUGCACGAACUUAGAGCUGAAAAAUAUAAUGGAUUAGUGCGUUUGUUAAAACCUGGCUGUCGCACUAUCAUUUUAGUACUUGACAUGCAGUCUAGACAACAUUUGAUACCACCUUUUCAUAAAGCUGUUUGGCCAUAUAGAAAAAACAAAACAUUAAUGUUUGCCUAUAUGUACAUUGAAAGAGGUUUAAGUUGGUAUAAAGAAUUGUUACAAUUGUCCCUUCCUGAAGAAAGAGACCUUAACAUCAAUCCUAGAAAUUGUGUAGGAACUGUUUUGGCCUUAAAUGGCCAUAGAAAAUAUUUCUGUAUGUUUCAUGCUAAACAUCCUGAGACCAAGAGGAAACAAAAUGACAAGGAUAAGAAAUCAGAUCGUUGGAAAGGUAGUGAGAAAGACUGUGAAGCAGCAGCUUUUAUAGGUUUUGAUACAGACAGUUCAGAAUCUGAUGACGACGUAUUAUUGGAGGGAAAUUUGUUAGAUGGCUUUUCAAACUGGUUGGAUCGGCUAUUUGAGGGAACAACUCAACGUUUCUAUAUUAAUUACUGGCCAGAGUUUCCUAAUAAGUAAUUAUUUGUUGUAUCUAAUUUUCUUCCUAAUUAAUUAUUAUUUUUAUUUAUUGGUUGUGCAAUUAUCCCGUUCACUUCUUUUUACACUAGCUAAAAUCAUGCGUAAACGUUUCACUUAGAAAAACCUGUCAGGUUGUUAAAAAGUAUAGUAUUUAUUACUUUAAGUCAUCACUAUAGUGUUUCAUUAAACUAAAGAAUAAAUGAAAUAUUUAAAAGAGGACCUUCAUAAUUUUCAAUUUAAUAAACUGAGUAUAUAUUGCAUUUGAAUUUUGUGUCAUGUAAACCUUAAAUAACAUUCUUUAAGGUGCACAAUAAUUAAAAAGUGCUCGUUAUAAUUAUAAUAAUAAUUUAGUUGUAAUAUAUACUAAGUUUAUGUUGAAAUUAGAAUAAAUUUUCUCCUAAAAGCUGUAAUAACUGAAUAUUCCUAUUAAAGUUGUGCUAGUCAUUAGAUUAAUGUUUUUGCACGCAAUGUACAAUAUAUAAAUUGUUCAAUAAAAUAUUGAAAAACUUAACAUAGUUAUUAAAAAAACAACUAUCUUUUUGAGAAGACUUAAUAUUCAUUAAUUGCCUAAAACCUUCCAGUUUUGUUUUAUGAAAUACUGGAGUUAAAAUACUUUUAAUUUCAAAAGCAACAUUUAUAUUUCUGUUAAGUUUCAGUUCUGUAAUUAACUCCUUAUAAAAAACUACUUAGAGGAGACACAAUGAAGUUUAAUAAAUGGCUUAAUGUUUUAAGUUCUAUUUUAUGCAUAUAAAAGCAACAUUUACAACAAUUAACUUAAGAUAGCAUAUUAAUAAAUUUUGAAAGAAAACUGUUUAAUAAACAAUUACUUAAAUAACAGGGUUUAUUUAAAACACAUACUUCUAAUAAAUACCACAAUCAAUAACAUAGUAGAUAACAUCUUAGGAAAUUGUGAUUUUUAGUAUCCUAUAUGUACAA